AUGACUAUGUCAGAAAACACAAGAGAUUUAGCAGAAAGGUCACCUACAUCAGACCUCAACAUGGCAUUGCAUGAGUGUAUGGCAGCUCUGGAUUUAUUUCUUAACAACAAGUUCUCGGAUGCUUUGGCUUCUUUACAAGCAAAAACUAAAGAUAGUAUGUAUCAUGCACUGACUUAUGCCACCAUAUUGGAAAUGCAAGCUAUGAUGACAUUUGAUCCUCAGGACAUACUGAAUGCAGGAAACACAAUGAAGGAAGCUCAAGCCACCUGUCAAAAAUUUAGGAAGAAAUCAACAGUAGCUGAUUCUAUCAACAACCUUGUGCAUAGACAAAGCCUUGAACACUUUACUGAAGAGGAAAUCCAUGCAGAAAUUUGCUAUGCUGAAUGUUUACUUCAGAGAGCAGCACUCACAUUCCUCCAGGAUGAGAAUAUGGUUAGCUUCAUAAAAGGAGGCAUCAAAGUCCGAAACAGUUACCAAACAUACAGGGAGCUGGACAGUCUCAUACAGUCUCCACAUUAUGUCAAAGGCGAGAACCAUCUUCAUUUUGAGGGAGGUGUAAAACUUGGAGUUGGAGCAUUUAAUCUGACAUUGUCCAUGUUUCCCGCACGGAUUCUGAGAUUACUGGAGUUUGUUGGAUUUUCUGGAAACAAGGAGCAUGGUCUGCUGCAGCUUCAAGAAGGAGCAUCAUCAUACAGCUUUAGGUCGGUGCUGUGUACCAUGCUGUUGCUUUGCUAUCAUACUUUCAUGACCUUUGUGUUAGGGACAGGAAAAGGAAAUGUUGAGGAGGCAGAAAGACUACUUAAGCCUUACUUGGCUCGCUAUCCAAAGGGAGCCAUAUUCCUGUUUUUUGCAGGCAGGAUAGAAACACUAAAGGGUAAUAUUGAUGCGGCAGUUAAUAGGUAUGAAGAAUGUUGCGAGGCUCAGCAAUACUGGAAGCAGUUUCAUCACAUGUGUUACUGGGAGCUCAUGUGGUGCUUCACCUACAAGCGCCAGUGGAAGAUGGCUUUCUUCUAUGCAGACCUGCUAAGCAAAGAAAACACUUGGUCAAAGGCUACGUAUAUUUACAUGAAAGCUGCUUAUCUCAGUAUGUUUGGACCAGAUGACUGCAGUCCUUUUGGAGACAGCGAAGUUGAAUUAUUUAGGAUUGUUCCCAGUUUGAAACUGAAAAUUGCAGGGAAAUCACUGCCUACAGAAAAGUUUGCAAUUCGGAAAGCUCGACGAUAUCUUUCUUCAAACCCCAUUUCUUUGCCUGUUCCAGCUUUGGAAAUGAUGUAUAUCUGGAAUGGCUAUGCUGUAAUUGGAAAAUGUCCCAACUUAACAGAAGGCAUGUUAGAGACUUUAAUUGAAGCAGAAGAAGCAUUGGCAAGAAGUUCAGCUACAGAAUUGCUAGCAGAUGACCAGUGCGUGAUAAAACUGUUAAAGGGUUUAUGCCUCAAGCAUUUGGGCAAGAUCUUAGAAGCAGAAGACCAUUUCAAUUACAUCUAUUUAAAUGAGAAGAAGAUAAAAUAUGACCAUUAUCUAAUUCCAAAUGCCUUGCUGGAGCUGGCGAUACUGUAUCUAGACCAGGAUAGAAGACAAGAAGCAAUAAAACUACUGGAAAGAGCAAAACAAAACUACAAGAAUUACUCCAUGGAAACAAGAACACAUUUCAGAAUUCAAGCUGCCCUGCACCAGGCCAAAUCCGCCCCAGAAAAUGGAAUGCACUCUGGAGCCUCGGCAGUGUCGUAA